AUGCGUUUUUUGAAAAGAGAAGUUGAAUCUUUGGAAAGAAGUACAGUAAUCUCUACCAUCACUUCCUCUUCUAAUACCAGGCAUUCCUCAUCUCAUACAACUGCAGCAAGCUUAGUUUCAUUGAAUGAUAAAAACGUGUGCGCAUUCUGUGGAUCCGACAAGCAUUUAACCAAAGACGGCAAGAUGUCAUUAACAGCGAAAAGAGACAUUUUAAGAAAAAGCGGUCGAUGUUUUCGCUGUGCCAACCGCGGUCAUUCCUCCAGAAAGUGUCGUAGUGCAAAGUGGCUUUCUUGUGCUAAAUGCAAAGGCAAGCAUUUAACCUCGUUAGGUGACCCUUCUUACACUAGCAAAUUAGAUUCUUCAUCGUCGACAAACAUGCAAGACAAAUCUACAAGUUGUAAAACGGUGAAUCUCUGUGCCGGUAGCUCUAGUUCAAUGCUAGAACAGACAAAUUUCAAUUCUGAUAUGCAAAGUGCUACAAAUCUGUGCGCGUAUAAUUCUUGUGUGAGCAAGUCAAAUGUAUUUUUGAAGACAACACGUGGCAUCGCCGUAGCUCCCAAUAACGAUAAAACACUACUAAUACGUUUCAUCAUUGAUGGUGGCAGCCAAUAUUCGUAUAUUAGAGAAGAUUUGGUGCGAAAGCUCAAUCUUUCUUAUAUGGGUGAAGUGAAUUUUUCCCUAGUACCAUUUGGAUGUAAAGAACAGAAUCCAUUCAAGAAAUUUAAGAAAGUCUGUGUCAAUGUGAAAAGCCAAUUCAAUAAUAAAAGCCUUAUACUAGAAGCCGUGGUUGUGCCAGAGAUUUGCAUUGAUGUGCUUCCACCACCUGACGCAUCAUGUGACUUUCUUCAGAAUUUACAGUUAGCAGACUCUUAUCAUGCAGACAUCGAAGCCGAGAAUGGGUUAAGUAUACUCAUAGGUUUCAACUACUAUUGGUCUGAGGUAACGGGUAAGCAGAGACGAAUUUCUUCUGGAUUAAGGGCAGUGGACACAAUAUUUGGUUGGAUGCUUCAGGGAAAGCAUUCUACUGGUAAGCCUUUCCAAAUAAACGAAUACUCAUGCUCUUCUAUCCGAAGUGCAGCUUUACCUCUACAUGUGCUUAACAUGAACGAUCUCAUUUCAUUUUGGUCUCUUGAAGCCAUAGGAAUUCGUGGCGAAGAAGAGGAAAAUAAGUAUUUAGCUCAAGAUUUGAUUACUUAA